AUGGCGCCCAUGUCAGCGCGCGGUUCCGUAAUGAACAAUCAUACAAAUGGAUUGGAUGUACCAAAGGCCCAGAAUUUGCGAGAAGGAAGUUGGCAGCUGAUAACUCCGGAAUCAAGAUUUGAAAGAGAACUUUCUGAAGACCCUUCUUCUUAUGAUGGAAUGUCGCGCUAUGGUGAGGAGCAAGAGCAAGAGCAGGUUGCAUACGAAAAGCCAAGUAUGAUAGAAACUGCAGGAGAAACUGAAGCCGUCUUAUACCCCCUUCAAGAUGCUGCGAAUCGAGUUGGAAAUGAGGUUGAGAAGUUUGCGGAAUUUUUAGAUGGAUAUAAUCCUUUGAGGGUGGCAGAUGGAGAUGAGAGACGGGAGAUGGCAUUCGAUUUGAUUGAAUUGUAUCACAAGACUGCUCUCGACACACUGGAUCAAUUACGAGAUCGCCAUGAAUCCGAACGCCGAAAGAUAGAGGGUUUGAGUUGGAGAAAAAAGAUGAGAGGUUUCAAGAUCGCACAAGAUACCGAUGAGAUGGAUAUGGAGAACUCGGAUGAGGAGGAUCAGUUUAUCACAAGUUCGAGGACAACCGUAAAGGAUUUAAUUCGUUGGGAGCAAGAGGCGCAAACUUGGGACUUGCUUAAAAGAUUGGCACAUCUACGAUUUCCCGAACCAAAUACUGGAAAAGAGUUUGAAUCCCCACAGACACCUAUAAACCAGUAUACGAGUGAACGAGAGGCUUGGGAUCGUUUCCUACAGACUGAUAAUUUAGCACUAGAACGAAAAACUGUGCUCCGAUGGCUUCAGGAUACGGCUGAGGAAUCAGGAGAUGAAAUUGACGUCCUAGUUCAAGAUUUACAACAAAAUGCCGAAAGGGGAGAUAUUAUCGCACAUGGUUGGUUACACACUAAGGCAGCUAUCAAACUCCAGAAAAAUCAGCAUUCUUGGCCUCGAACUCUCGAUCCUAAUUCUCAAGAGAUUCAGAAAAUCAUGUGGAACUCUUCUAAAACCGAACCUCUGGUCACUCAGCUUGACCCCGAUGCAGUGACUCGUCAAGGACGAAAGUUGGAAAAACAGGAUGAAUACUUUGAGCGUGCCAUUUGGUUGGGAUGCUAUCAGAUGCUCCGUCGAGGAAGAAGCCCAGCUGAAAUUAGAGAAUGGUGUAUGGAUCGAACUGAAGUAUGGAGAGCAGUCAGCAUGUCUGGUUUACCGGAUGAUAAACCAUUAGAAGACGACGAGGAAGGGGAUAUUGCAUCCGGAGCUCUCUGGAGACGCAUGUGUUUUGCACUUGCUCGAAAGGGUGGAAAUGAUGAUUAUGAACGAGCUGUAUAUGGUAUUCUCUCUGGCGACAUAUCGAGUGUCGAACCUGUGUGUCAAUCAUGGGAUGACUUAAUUUUCACACAUUACAAUGCCUUGUUGAGAACACAAUUCGAUCAUUACAUCCAAUCAGGGCCUCAAACAUUAAUGAAUGGAACUCUGGCCUUUGGGACACUUGAUGCUGUUGUCCUUCAUGGGGAUAAUGCGAUAGCUGGGAAACGACUUGUUGAAAACUUAAAGACAGAUGCACGUACGGCAGAAGAAAGCUCACAACCAAUGAAAAUGCUUCAAGGUGUGUUGAUUGGUGAACAAUUUGCGGACUUCAUCUAUCAGCAAGGUUUGGCGUUGUCAAAAUUUGCGAACGCGGAAACCACCUCGAACUUGAUACCCCGUACGGAUGAGCAACCAAAAGAUCAAGACAUUACUAAUUAUGUCAAUUUGGGUGAUCACGAUAGUUUGCGAGUUUUUACUCAUGUUAUACUCAUCUUUAGAGGCCUUGGAUUAAAUUUUGGUGGUGUACUUAAAGAGUCUGUCAUCGAGAAUGUUAUUGUGGCAUACAUCAGUUUCCUACGUCUCGCAAAUAAAGGGGAACUAAUCCCUCUAUAUUGUUCUCAACUCUCUGGAGCAAGAAGAUACGCCACUCUUAGUCGCACUCUGAUUGAUAUCACAGAUCAUGAACAACGAGUCACCCAAAUCAGAUUGAUGAGGGAGCUAGGAUUGGAUGUUCAACAAUUCGUCAACUAUCAGUCAAGAUUUCUUCUCUCGGAUCAUCCCGAUGGAGCUAAAGGAUAUCCAUCACCCAAGGAGUUUCAGGUUCUGGUAGAUGAUGGCAGGGGAGGGAAAAAGAUAAGGAAGGAUUUCAUAGGACAGGAUUCUGAGACUCUUGAUAGGAUUGAUCUUUUGCUCAUUAGAAGUUUAGAGUGGUAUCUACUUGUAGAUGGACUUUGGUCUGAGACAUUCAUGGUUGGUAGAAUGCUGUAUCAGCGAUUUUAUAAGAAUCUACACCUUUCCGCUGCUCUCACUUUAUCUCAAAGAAUACCGAGUUCUGAAAUCGCAUUGAGUAAAACUCGGGCAUUGUUAGGCGAAAGCCUCGAUUUUCAGGGUCUGGAGUCGGAAGAGAAUGAGGAUUUGACUGAAGUUCUUGAUGGCUCAGCGGAUAAGAAGAGACACCUAAAAAAGUAUAUGGUGGAGCAGGCAAAGAGUUUCAGAGAACUGGAGACAUUGGCGUUGACUUUGGAUCGCAUAGAGAGUGCAUGGGGCAUAUUUUUUCUCAUGCAAGAGGGUGAUGACAUUGAAAUGAAAAAGUCCAUGAAGCGAGGUUUAGGUCAAAGCCUCCCAGCUGCAAAUAUUGGUGCAGAGCCAUUAUUUAAUGGAUGGUUGACAACAAGCUUGCAAGAACAACCCGAGUUUGCAAAGAUACGGGAAACCUAUCUUCCCGAGACUAUUCUUGCUUGGAUCGCAACGUUACAGAUGGCUGGAGCAGUGUUGACUCGUGAUUACUUGAUGACCUCUAUGGAAUUGUCCACUAUCAUGGCGGAUGAAAACUCUGAUCUCUUAGAACUCUUUUCCAAAACCGGAAGGAUGCCAGAACUUGUGAACGCCCUUGCAUCGGCAAGCAAAGAACUUCUACUGGUAUCCAGUAGAAGUAAGAGAAGUACGACAUCGAAAAAUAGCAAGAAAAUGAAGGAAAAGGGAUGGACAACGGAUUUGUGGAACGUCAAACCAUAA